AUGUUUAAAUACAAAAAAUUGGAGGAUGAAUAUCAAAAAUCAAGAAUUAAUACUAUCAGUAUACCUGUAUUUUAAUUUGGGUCUGCUUGCAUAUUUAUAGUGGCUACUUCAAAACUUAUAACAUUGGUUCUAUAAAAUGAAUUAGGCUUGAUGCCAAUAUUGAUUGGUUGCCAAAUAUAUUCAUUGCUAUCCUUUUUGUUUUUGCGAUUCAACAUACAUAAAAUAAACAUCUAGCUGAUAAUUUUAGCAUAUUUAUUAAUUGGCUACGAGCUGAUUAUUACAACUGAUACUAGUCCGUAAGCCUUAUCCUUGUACUAAAGCAAUUUUACCAUGUGCGGUGUUAUUAUAAUUCUCAUUUCAGAAUUCAAAGAGUCCUUAGUAAUUAUUUUAUCAACAUUUUCUUUUAAAAUAAUCUACACUAUAUUGAUGGAAACCUAAAAAUCUUAUAUCAUCUAUUGUACAACACUCAUACUGAUGUUUUUUAUGUGCUUUUUUUCGUAUAAACUAAACGUUUUGAAUAGAACUAGUUUUCUUUUAAGUCAAUAUGAUUAUAUGUGGGAGAGUGUUUUUCCAAAAAUUGUGGAUACUCCCUAUUUAAUAUUUACAUUCAGUGAAGAAAAGUUGGAGUUCAUAUUUAAAUCUCAAAACAAACUACCAUUUUAAUGCAAUAAUUCUAAGUAAUUAAAGGAAUUUCUAAGGGAAUGGCACUGGAAUCAACUUUCAAUAGAGAAUGUUUUAUUUAAUUUGUAUAAUAAUUAGAGUCUUAAUGAAUUUCAUUCAAGAAAGAUAGAAAUAUAAAAAGAUAAUAAAACUAAGUAAAGUAUCCGCUAUUCAAUGAUGAAAUCCUUGUCAUCUACAUUCAUUAUCAAAUUUGAUGAUUCCAUUAUUAAGGUCGAUGAUUGUAAAGUUGUAUUGAAGGGAACAAUUAAAAAAUAAGAGGAAUUAAGAAUGUAGUUAGUAAAAAGAAUUUAUAAAAAUUUACAGAUGUCGUUAAUCUCAAAAUAACAAAAUAAUUUAUGGUUAAUAAGAAAUAACUGUUUAAAAUAAAUUAUGGAUUUUAAAAUUAUGAAAUAUCAAUGGAAAACAAAAUUAUUUGAUACCAAAAAAUUAUUAUUUUUGAAUGAUAUUUUUGUUUACAAACUAAAUAGACUACAAAUCAUCAAUCCAAAGAACUAGAAUAUAACAACUAUUGUAGUUCAAUUGAAACGACUCAUCUUUGAAGUACUUGAAUUGACCAAAAAUUAAAGUUCAGUUGAUGUGACAAUUUCGGAAACAGUAACUAUUUCAUAUGAAGGCAGAGAAAUGAAAUAUGACAAAGAUGCUGCACUAAAAUUAAUCUGGUAUAACUUAGUUGAAAAAUCAGAGAUGCAAGAGAAUCUUUGGGUUAUUUAAUUGCACAAAGAACCUUGUGUGAAUUUCACAAAUUAAAAAUGA